CAUUUCAUUUAUUGAGAUUUGUGUCGUGCAUGAUUUCAGUUUUCAGUGCAUUUCAGUGCAAACGUCGAGUGAGGUUGGAUUGUGACUAGCUUUUUUCUAUCUUGAAAGCGGUGAAACUCGAAAACGCCUAAAUGAAGAUGGUAGAUAAAAUCGAAAUGAGCCUCGACGACAUAAUCAAGCAAAAUAAGGGCAACAGAUCUCGUGGAGGCGGAGGUCGCCGAGGAAGAGGUUCUGCCGGUGGAAGCGGCGUCGGCGGAUCACCGCGUAGAGGUGCUCGAGGUAGCCAGAGGACUGGUGGUGGUGGCGUCAUGCGAGGACGAAGUCGUGGCGGCAUCGGACGAAGUGCUCUUCCUUAUACAAGGGGAGAUGUAAAUAGUGCCUGGAAACAUGACAUGUUUGAUGGUGUAAAAAAGGUCGGCCGAGGCUCUAUUGGCGGUUCCGGCACGACCAAACUUUUGGUCUCGAAUCUGGAUUUUGGUGUAUCUGAUUCAGAUAUCCAGGAACUUUUCAGUGAAUUCGGACCACUCAAGUCAGCGGCAGUGCAUUACGACAGAUCUGGCCGUUCUUUGGGAUCUGCUGAUGUAAUAUUUGAAAGAAGAGCAGAUGCUAUCAAAGCUAUGAAGCAAUACAAUGGAGUACCUUUGGAUGUUAAAGGUCGAGGAUCUGGUGGACCCGGCCGCCGUGGAGGUGGUGGCGGCGGACGAGGCGGAAGUCGACCAGUGACGAAAACCCCAACUGCUGAAGAACUCGACGCCGAAUUGGAAGCAUACGUUAAGGAAGUAAAGUAAGCCAGACAGACUGGCAGGAAAAGUUUGAUUCUUUCUUGCUCGCGUUUAGGAGUCAAUCUGUUCAACUUGCACACCAGUUAAUGUGUGCUUUCCUUUAUCUCUUGAAUUCUUUAUUUCUUUAUUUCGUAUUAACGUUGCGUGACGAUGCGAGUUUGACGUACAAGUUCAAUGUGUUGAAGCUUGCGUGUGAAUUUUAAAAAAGGCACUAGAUUUAUAAACUUAAAGGUUUAAAUAAACAAACAAUAAAAGAAGUAAAACUGCUACGAGGGCUGCGUUUUUUGAACUUCAAGUCUGCGAUUAAUCGUUUCACUUUUAUUUAUAAUGUAAACUUGAGAGACCAACGGAUUGCUAGAACGUGUAGCAAAUUAUUUCUAGGAUUACAUUUUUUUAUUACACAUUGUUAAAAUAUAAAGAAAAUUUUCAAUUUUAAAGGCUGUAUGAAUUUUGUAUGUAGUAGCGUGAGAGUGUGACUAUAAAUUGAUGAGUACAUUAAAAAAAGAAAAUCUGCAAGUU